CCCGCUGCUCCGCGUCACGUGCGAGUGGGAAGUCGCGGCGACACCGAGCUGAGCCGCGCCGGGCCGAGCGCUCGCUCGCAGUCGGAGCUGAGUGCGGAGCCCAAGGCGGACGGCUACAGCUCUCAGGGCCCCAGCCGUCCCCACCCCCGGCCCCCCUCCCUCGGCCUCCUCCCCCAGUCCGGGCUGCCGAGCCGCCCGGCGCAGAAGGAAGCAUGCUGACCGUCGGCUGCGCGCUGCUGGCCGCCCUGCUGGCCGCGCCCGCGGUCGCGCUGGUCCUCGGGAGCUGCCGCCCGCUGGAGAUGGCAAACGAUACGGUGAUUAGCCUGCCCGGAGCCACCGUCACCCUGAUCUGCCCUGGGAAGGAAGCAGAAGGCAAUGCCACCAUUCAGUGGGUGUACUCUGGCUUGCAGCACAGACGGUGGACUACCACGGGGAACUCACUGCUUCUGAGGGCAGUGCAGCUCAACGAUACGGGCAACUAUUCAUGCUUCCUGGAUGAUCACCUGGUUGGGACUGUGCCCUUGCUGGUAGAUGUUCCUCCAGAGGAGCCUAAACUCUCCUGCGCCCGGAAGAACCCCCUUGUAAGUGCUACUUGUGAGUGGUUCCCAAGCAGCACCCCCUCUCCUACGACCAAGGCUGUGCUGUUUGUGAAAAAAAUCAACACCACCAACCCGAACAGUGGCUUCCAGUUGCCCUGCCAGUAUUCUCAGAAGUUCAGAAGCUUCUCCUGCCAGGUGGAGAUCCUAGAGGGUGACAGAAAUUACCACGUAGUGUCGCUGUGCGUUUCAAACAGUGUUGGAAGCAAGUCCAGCAGCAACGUGGCUUUUCACAGUUUAAAAAUUGUGCGGCCUGACCCCCCUGUGAAUCUUGUGGUGUCCGCCAUACCUGGAAGGCCUCGCUGGCUCAAAGUCAGCUGGCAAGACCCUGAGUCCUGGGACUCACGCUACUACAUGUUGAAGUUUGAGCUUCGAUACCGACCUGUGUGGUCGAAGACGUUCACGGUGUGGCCGGUGGCCCAGCACCAGUGCAUCAUCCAUGAUGCCUUGCGAGGAGUGCAGCACGUGGUGCAGCUCCGUGGGAAGGAGGACCUUGAGACCGGCCAGUGGAGCGAGUGGUCCGCGGAGGUCACCGGCACUCCUUGGAUAGAGCCCCCGAGCACUCCCACAGGGAUCCUGGAGGACCCCACACAGGUCUCUGAUGAAGACUAUGAUGAUGAGGAGGAUUUGUACAACCAGCCUGUAAAAGCGACAAGCUUCCCGGCCUCAGGACAAGAUCCUUCCUCAAUAUCGCUGCCCACAUUCCUGGUGGCUGGAGGAAGCCUGGUGUUUGGGUUGCUCCUCUGUGUCUUCAUCAUCCUGAGGCUCAAGAAGACUUGGAAGUCACCGGCUGUGCGGGAAAGCAAGACGAGUUCUCCCCCUCCAUAUUCCUUGGGACAGCUGAAGCCGGCCUUCAUACUGGUUCCUCUCCUCACCUCAGCAGGGUCCCACAACAGCUCCAGGCCUGACAACACCUUAAACCACAGCUGCCCGGGCGUCAGAGACCCGCAGAGCCCUUACGACACCAGCAAUAGGGACGGCUUAUUCCACAGCUAGUUGUCUGGAUGGGACCUGUAGCUGGUGUCAGAUCAGCACCGCCACUCCAGCUCACCUGGGCCAGCAGUGGUGGGUGGGGUGCAGCUUCCCUUUCGCACAAGAGCCUUGCAGAAGGUGUGGAGGGGUCAGGACUGUCUGCUGCACAUGCUCUGAAGGCAGGGGUUGUGAGGGACGCAGGCCACCAUGAGGACAUAGCCUCCACACCCUCAGGAUAGCCUCAGGUAGGGGUGCCAAAGGUUACCCUAAUUGCCUAGCUCUGACUCACUCCCCCAACCCACCUUUUAGCUGAACUCUUGAAAUCCAAGCACCUUUGGCCUUCUCUUUUCCUAGGCCGCUAAGGCUGGGGAGGAACUCAUGCCCACUCUCCUCAAUACCUGGAAAGCUGCUGGAAAAGCAGCUGGCAUCCCGCUUGUGACGAAUCUCUCAGGGCCUGAUGGUUUAAGCAGAACGAUAUUAAUCUCUUGUAAUAAGUUUCAGAUGUGAAUGAUAAUUCUAGGCACUGCUGACUGCAGAAGUUUUAUUUUCUUAUUUGAACUCAGGACUUCAGGAGAAGAGAAGCAGGAAGGAAGGGGAAGGACGGGUCUCCACUGUGCCCGUUGUAGUCCAGGGGACACAGCCUCUGAAAACGUGUUUUCUGUCCCCCGCUACUCUCCCAGGGGAGGGUGCUGUUAGUGAGUUCCUCUGCUGGGGCAGAGAGUAUAGCUACUUUACUCCAGCCUUGCUCAUACUGGUUUCAACUGGACCUGAGCUACUGGGAAAGACAACAUUCAUGAAAAAAGAAAAACUUAAGUAGCAAGAAUGCAUUUCCAUUUUGCUUUUACGAAACUGUUGCCUGAACCGGGUGGUGGCACACACCUUUAAUUCCAGCAUGUGGGAGGCAGAGGCAGGUGGAUGUUUCCGAAUUCAAGGCCAGCCUCUAACAGAGUGAGUACCAGGACAGCCAGAGCUACACAGAGAAACCUUGUCUUGGAAAACAAAACAAACAAAUUAACAAGCAAGGAAAGAAAUUGUUGCCUGUUUCUCUUGACCCUGGAAGAGGCCACUCACUGUGUGCUGGUGUAUGAACCGCCCAGGAGGCGGGAGAUGAUAGUGGGGUGGGGGAUGGCAGGGUGAUACAGUAGCUUUGUUUAGCACAAAAGCCAAGUCAAGUGAAAAUCAAGAAAAAUGUUUCCUGUAACAGAGAAGACUUCGGUUUCGUUCUGUGUCUUGUUUCUGUCUUACAGAUUGUCUGUGCUUGGCUUCAGGGAAUCAAUGUGUGCCAGGCUUAGGAAAGAAGGGUGUCCACUUCCUGUUACCCCUCACUGCCACCGUGGCCUUCCUCACUUCACAUCCAGUUCCCGCAGAGGCACUGGUCCCCUCCAUCACUUUCCCUUCACUGAUGUUAGUAGUCACCCAGGAGACCGCAGAGUGGUGCUGGGAUUAAAGUGAGCCUUGCAAUCGUUUACCAGAUCCCAACACUUUGCUAGUAGCUUACCUUUUCAGAAAGUGCCACCCUCAGGGGAUAGGAGGUGGAGCCUGGAGGCCACGCUUGUGCUGUCUGCUCCACAGAUCCAGGUGCCACUGCCCUGGGCUUUGUAUGUUUCAGGGUCUGUUGCUGUCAUAGAAAAGGGUUUGUAAGUUGACAAAAACCAGGCAGGUAUUCAUGUUUUCCCCCUUUGUUAAAUUUCUGGG